UUUUAAUUAUUUUUGUAAGCGAGGAGGAAAAACCAAACAAGCAAAAAAGGACCUCUGAUCCGAGUGCCAAAGUAGGGGAGAUGUGUCACUGACCGGGCUGCGAUGAUACUUGCUGCCUACUGCGUGAUCGCUUGCUCUCUAAGUAAAAUGAGACACAGAGCUGUUGCUGAGACGAGUGGGAACAGCACUUUGAUUUGCUGGUUUAAUUAAAAAAAAUGAUGAAGGACUGAAGGAAAAGGUGGAUGUGGACCACAGGUUACAAACCCAGACACACCUGGAAAAGGAGGACGAGAAGAAUUAAAUCUAGAAAAGUCCAGCGGAGAUAAACGAAUGUCCCCACACCUCCAAAGGAAAGUUCAUCGAAUUUUUACUCUAGAGAUCUCAUCUUCAGGAUGUCAUUGAACACUUCUAGUACAGGAAAAGGUGUGGAUCCAAACGCGGUUGACACUUACGACAGUGGCGAUGAUUGGGAAAUCGGUGUUGGGAAUUUAAUAAUCGAUCUGGACGCGGAUUUGGAGAAGGACAGACAGAAAUUUGAGAUGAAUAAUUCUACCAAUACCACCAGCAGCAGCGGCACCAGCUCCAAGGAUUGUGGGGCUCUGGCUUCCAGUGGGGCUAAUACUACCUCAGCCUUAGCUGAUGGCCUAAAAUUUGCUUCUGUUCAGCCCUCCGCUCCCCAGGGGAAUUCCUCUCACAAAGAGACUAGUAAAUCAAAAGUGAAAAGGAGUAAAACUUCUAAGGAUGCUAAUAAAUCUCUGCCUUCUGCUGCCUUGUAUGGGAUUCCUGAGAUCGGCAGUGCUGGCAAGAGGCAGGAAGUCCAAGGGCGCCCUGGAGAGGCAACUGGCAUGAAUUCAGCACUGGGUCAAAGCGCGAGCAGUAACCCAAACUGCAAUAAUAACAGCACCAGCAGCACCACCGCCAUAGCCUCUUGUGGGAAAAACAAGGAGGAGAAACCAUGUAAAAACCAGGGCAGCCGAGGCGCCAAGCGGGAUAAGGAUGCGGGGAAGUCCCGGAAGGACAAGCAGCACGACGUGCAGCUGGGCCCCCCCAGCGGCCCCGGGGCAAACUGUUUUGAAAGCUGCACUGGGGAUCUGGCUGCUGUAGGAGCAAUAAGGCCGGGCGUCUGCGGCGGUGCGGCUGGAGCCUGCUGGGCCUGGCGGGCCGGGCGCGGGGCUGGAGGCAGCGCUGGGAGCCCGCAGCCUGGUGGGGAGCUGCUGGGAAAGCGCCUGUCCUCGGCAUCGGUUGAUCCCCUGUUUACAGUGCCUGCACCUCCACCUCCAAUUUCCAGCAGUAUCACACCUCAGAUUCUGCCUUCCUACUUUUCUCCAUCUUCAUCCAAUAUUGCAGCACCAGUUGAGCAGCUUUUGGUACGGACUCGUUCAGUGGGUGUAAAUACUUACGAAGUUGGAGUAGUAACAGAACCCGAAUGCCUUGGACCCUGUGAGCCUGGGACCAGCGUGAACUUGGAAGGAAUUGUGUGGCAUGAAACUGAAGAAGGUGUCCUGGUGGUAAACGUUACGUGGAGGAACAAGACUUACGUGGGAACGCUGCUGGACUGCACAAAGCAUGACUGGGCCCCUCCCAGGUUUUGUGAAUCUCCAACGAGUGACCUGGAAAUGCGAGGAGGAAGGGGCAGGGGAAAGCGGGCAAGGUCCGCUGCAACUGUGGCUAUACCUGGAAAUGAUACAAGUUUCACUGAGUCUAGAGGACUUCAGAGUAAGAAUCGAGGUGGUGCUAAUGGAAAGGGAAGGAGGGGCAGCCUUAACUCAAGUGGGCGCAGGACACCCCCAAAUUGCUCUGUGGAUGAAGUCAAAGCCAGCCCCUCAUCUACAAACAAGAGAAAAACUAAGCCUCCUAUGGAGCUAGACUUAAACUCCAGUUCAGAGGACAGUAAGUGUGGAAAACGUGUUCGUACCAACUCCAGAAGCACUCCCACCACCCCACAGGGGAAACCAGAGGCUACUUUUCUGGACCAAGGCUGUUCUUCUCCAGUGCUGAUUGACUGUCCUCACCCUAACUGCAACAAAAAGUACAAGCACAUUAAUGGACUACGAUACCAUCAGGCUCAUGCACAUUUAGACCCAGAAAACAAACUGGAGUUUGAGCCUGACAGUGAGGACAAAAUUUCAGACUGUGAGGAACCAUUGAGUAAUGCGGCACUUGAAUGCAGUGAACCAAGCACAAAUCUGCCAGGCUUUGAUCCACUAAAAGCACCAACAUCUCCUUCCUCUGUCACUACCCCAGGGACUCCCAAGGGAAAAAGGGAACCGACCAGCAAUGGCACCAGUUCAGUUAUCAGUUCCAAAACUGGCAAGAAUUCGGGCAAAAAGAAGGGUCUGAACAGUGAACUGAACAGCCUUCCAGUAAUUUCUAACAUGUCAGCCACACUGGAUAAUUGCUCUGUAACAGAUGGCAAUUUGCAAACUGAAAUGCCAAAACUGGAGGCUGAAGGGUUAAUAGACAAGAAGAGUUUGAGUGAUAAAGGCAAGAAAGCUAAUAAUUGUAAAGUGGAUAAAAACAUUUCCAAACUGAAAACAGCCCGGCCCAUUGCCCCAACGCCAGCACCGGCUCCUCCCCAGCUAAUAGCUAUACCUUCUACAGCCUUUACAACCAGCACUACAGGGACAAUACCAGGACUGCCCUCUCUAACAACUACUGUUGUUCAGGCUACACCAAAGAGCCCUCCACUAAAACCUAUUCAACCAAAGCCCACAAUUAUGGGAGAGCCAAGCACUGUAAACCCAGCUCUCACAUCACUCAAAGACAAAAAGAAAAGGGAGAAGCGUAAGCUAAAGGACAAAGAAAGCAAAGAGAGUGGAAGCCCUAAGAUGGAUUCUAAGCUGGGAAAGCUAGAGGAUUCAAAAGGGUCUGGAAAAGAUUUAUCUGGACAUUUUUUAAAGGACCAUCUCAACAAGAAUGAAGUGUUAGCUAAUGGACUUUCUGAGUCUCAAGAGAGCAGGAUGGCAAGUAUUAAGGCUGAAGCUGAUAAGGUUUACACAUUCACAGACAAUGCGCCCAGCCCUUCUAUAGGGAGUGCCUCCAGGAUGGAAUGCAGCACUUUGGUGAAUGGACAAUCUUCAAUGGCGCCACUGCAUGUGUUGACACAAAAUGGUGCGGAUAGCGCUGCUGCUAAAACCAACAGCCCUGCUUACUCUGAUAUUUCUGAUGCAGCUGAUGAUGGUGGCUCUGACAGCCGGUCAGAGGGUGUGAGGUCAAAGGCCAGCUCUCCUUCGGAUAUUAUUUCUAAUAAGGACAGUGUUGUAAAAGUACAUUCUUCAACCGCAUCACAGUCGGCACAAGCGAAAGAGUCCCAUUCUCCCUAUUACCAUGGCUACGAUCCUUAUUAUUCUCCAAGUUACAUGCAGUCUGGACAGGUCAGUGCCCCGGCAGCUGCAAACUGCAGUACCCCACAGGGACUGAAGAUCAAAAAAGAGGCAGAUGAAGAGGCUGAAAAGAAAGAGAAGGGGGAACCGUCAGAAGCCAAGAAAAAUGAAAGUGGCUCCUCUAAUUUGCAGCCACAACAUCAGUCAGUAAUAACACAAAGACACCCUGCACUUGCUCAGUCACUUUAUUAUGGACAGUAUGCCUAUGGGCUCUAUAUGGACCAAAAGUCCUUAAUGGCCUCUAACCCUGCUUACAGACAGCAGUAUGAAAAAUAUUAUGAGGACCAGCGGCUAGCAGAACAGAAGUUGGUACAGACUGGGAGGGACUGUGAAAGGAAGAAUGAACCUCCAUUGAAGGAAAUUGGAAAGGAUGAUAAGCAGAAAAAUAUUCCAUCUGCAACUAUUUCAAAGGCUCCUUCAACUCCAGAGUCAAGCAAAAAUAACCCUAAAAUAGGGUCUUUGGUCCCUAACAAAGGUGAGGAGACGAGCAAAUCACAGAUCCUUUCCAAUCACCAGCUGCAGCUUCAGUCUGACAGUUUCAAAGCCAAACAAAUGGAAAACCAUCAGCUCAUAAAGGAGGCUGUGGAGAUGAAAUCUGUCAUGGACUCCAUGAAACAAACGGGGGUAGAUCCAACUACACGAUUUAAACAGGAUCCAGAUACACGAACAUGGCAUCAUUAUGUCUAUCAGCCUAAAUACCUUGAUCAGCAAAAAUCAGAAGAACUUGAUCGGGAUAAAAAGUUAAAAGAAGACAGCCCUAGAAAAACACCUAACAAGGAAAGUUCCCUGCCUAACCUUCCUGUCUCAUUAGCAAGCAUUAAAGAGGAGCCUAAAGAGGUCAAGCGUUCUGAUUCUCAAUCAGUGGAUGAGAGCAAGAUAAAAAACGAUGAUCGAAAGACUCCUGUAAAUUGGAAGGACUCUCGAGGUGCUAGAGUAGCAGUUUCCUCGCCAAUGAGUCAGCACCAGUCAUAUAUCCAGUACUUGCAUGCUUAUCCUUAUCCACAGAUGUAUGAUCCCAACCAUCCAGCCUAUCGAGCAGUCUCUCCAGUCCUAAUGCACAGCUAUCCUGGAGCAUAUCUCUCUCCAGGAUUUCAUUACCCAGUUUAUGGGAAGAUGUCAGGGAGAGAAGAGGCGGAGAAAGUCAAUACCAGCCCAAGCAUCAAUGCGAAAUCAACCACUGAGUCCAAAGCACUGGAUUUGCUCCAGCAGCAUGCCAGCCAGUAUCGCAGCAAGUCUCCUGUUCCCGUGGAAAAAUCAGCAGCUGAGCGUGAACGGGAAGCAGAAAGGGAACGAGAUCGUCAUUCACCUUUUAGCCAGCGACAUCUCCACACACACCAUCACACACAUGUUGGAAUGGGUUACCCACUUAUACCUGGACAAUAUGACCCAUUUCAAGGAUUGACCUCUGCUGCCCUUGUUGCCACUCAGCAGGUGGCUGCGCAGGCAUCUGCAUCUGGUAUGUUUCCUGCACAAAGAAGGUAA